CAGAGGCCGGCUAUUGCAGCAAGGGGCGCUGCGCCGCGCGCGGCUGCGUGCGCCCGCCCCGAAAGCCCGAGAUCUGAGCCAGGCCGGGGCGGCCCAACCUUCCCGCCCAGAGUGGGCCAGAGGAAGCCGAAAGCAGCUUCAGCGAGGUGAAGCGCUCGGGGCUGCCAAAGGACCGAUUAGAACUUUGCAGAGUCCGGGAUGUGCGGGGCGAGGCUGCUGAGGACUUGAUUCGUCUUCUUCCACCCUGCUCCCCUACACCCCCCUACUCCCCCCCCCCCAUCCACUGGGCUCCAGGCCUCCAGCUGUCAGCCCCCGAUUUCGUGGCAGGGUGUGGCGACCCCGAUUUCUGUUUGCAAGCACAGCCAGCAGCCCGAGAGCCAGGUCCCAAGGCUGGAUAUCCUUUGCCUCGGCUGCUAGCCCGGGGCCUCAGAGUCUUGAGCGCACGGGGCCGAGCGCAGGCCGCAGCCGCCGCGAAGCGCACAGCGCCGUGGCCAUGGCCGAGCGGCCCGCGGCGGGCCCGGCGGCCGGGGACUGGGAGAUCGACGUGGAGAGCCUGGAGCAGGAGGAGGACGGCCGCGGGCCGCCGCCGCCCACGCCGCCCGGGCCCAGCCCGCCGUCGGCCGACGGGGACGGCGAGGACGACGAGGACGAGGACGAGGACGACGACGCGGAGGACGAGGGCGACGGCCUGGAGGCGGGCGCGGGGGCGGCGGGCCGGCCGGAGCAGCCGCGGGGACCCCCGCCGGGACCCCCGCCGGGGCCCGCACCCGCGCCGCAGGCCUCGCCCUCGCCCGCGCCCGCGCCCGCGCCCGCCGGGCCCCCGGAGCGCAGCGCCAGCGCGGGCGGCGGCGCGGAGCCGCGCAAGCUCAGCCGCACGCCCAAGUGCGCGCGCUGCCGCAACCACGGCGUGGUGUCCUGCCUCAAGGGCCACAAGCGCUUCUGCCGCUGGCGCGACUGCCAGUGCGCCAACUGCCUGCUGGUGGUGGAGCGCCAGCGCGUCAUGGCCGCCCAGGUGGCGCUCCGGAGGCAGCAGGCCACCGAGGACAAGAAGGGGCUUUCUGGGAAGCAGAAUAAUUUCGAGCGCAAAGCUGUGUAUCAGAGGCAAGUCAGGGCACCCAGUUUGCUGGCCAAAAGCAUUUUAGAAGGCUACCGCCCCAUUCCAGCAGACACUUAUGUGGGAGGGAGCUUACCCCUACCUCCCCCGGUAAGUGACCGGAUGAGGAAAAGGCGAGCCUUUGCUGAUAAAGAGCUGGAGAACAUUAUGCUGGAGAGAGAAUAUAAAGAGAGGGAGAUGCUGGAAGCGUCCCAAGCUGCUGCCUUGUUCCUGCCCAAUCGCAUGGUGCACGGACCUGAAUAUAACUCCUACAAAAGUGCCUAUAGCCCCACGCCAGUGGAACCGCCAAACAAAGACUUCUGCAAUCUUUUGCCCACCUGCCUUGAUCUCACCAUGCAGUAUUCGGGGUCUGGGAAUAUGGAACUCAUCUCUUCCAACGUUAGUGUGGCCACGACGUACAGACAGUAUCCUUUUUCCUCGAGAUUCUUGGUUUGGCCCAAGUGUGGCCCCAUCAGCGACACCCUCCUCUAUCAGCAGUGCCUGCUAAACACCACCACCUCGGUCCAGGCCCUGAAGCCUGGGGCCAGCUGGGACCUGAAGGGAGUAAGAGUCCAGGAGGGUCUUGUCGCUGAACACGACAUCAUGCCACCCAAACUAGAAGCCUCGCUGGUGCUGCCUCAAGCUCCGGAGGUCCAGACCUCGAGAAGUGACCUUCAGGGUCACCAGGCCAUCCCCGAGAGGUCUGCUUUCUCCCCACCCAGACGGAAUUUCUCUGCCGUUGACACGGACCCCCUGGCAGCUCAAGGGCAUAUCUUAACCAGGAUCAGCAAAGAAAGCACCAGGCACCCUCUGCCACUUAAACAUAAUCCAUUCCACUCAUUAUUCCAGCAAACUCUUAAUGACAAAUCAGGUCCCGAGUUGAAAACACCAUUUGUCAAAGAGGCCUUUGAAGAGGCCCCUAAGAAACACAGAGAAUGUUUAGUCAAGGAGAACCAGAAGUACACAUUUACAAUAGACAGAUACGCCAAAGACCUUUUCGUCGCCAAACAAGUUGGAACAAAACUCUCUGUGAAUGAACCACUGUCAUUUUCUGUUGAGUCGAUUCUUAAGAGGCCUUCAUCUGCCAUCACUCAUGUUUCUCAGUGAAAGGCUGCUUGCACGGAAAGCUGGAUUUUCUGCGAUCUCAGAGGGUUCUUACCCAUUGCUAGUUUUUUUUUUUUUUUUUUUUUUUUUAAGAAAAAGCUAAGGUGUUUGUGUAAAGAAAUUUCUAAUGUAAAUGGUGAUGAUCUAAAAAAAUGAUAUCUAUUCAUAUGCAUGUACCUUUUCUCACCACAUAAAUAUAUUUAAAUGUAAAGAUGGAGAUUGCUUAUGUGCAGACUGUAAAGUUCCAUGCUUUACACAGCAUUUCAAAAAGCAAUAAAGUUGACACUGUCUUCUCAAAGACCCAA